AUGUCAGCACCUCAAUUACCUCAGGUCUCGCUAGACGACGACUGGUUCCGACCUGGUGGUGCAUACAAUCUCUCGGCUUUCGUUCGCCAAAGGUCAUCUUCUCCCCCACGACAUUCAAACGACAUGGAGACGGCGAGAUUGUCAUCGAAAACGUCAUCGAGCUCRUCACAGCCGACAUCAUACAAUGUUGAAGCAUACAAGUCAGACGUAGGAGCAGUGAGACGAUACUCAUACGCUGGGACGGACAAGCUUCCCACUACACCUUCAAUCGCUCAAGUGCCGAUCGCGACCCCAGACAAUCAAUUCCUCGGCUUCUGCAAGAGCGCUUGGAGUCUACAAAACGGCGAUCAAAAAGGCUCUAUGAAAAGGUGCAGCGAGGCUGACGCCUGGUCGCGUAAUGCUGCAAGAAAACCUGGGCAUGCUCAAUAUCUCAAGUGUAGAGAACCCAAGUGCGACUUUCGCAGUAAUUUUGUCAGCUCAAGCCCGUUUCUCAUAUGGAACAAGGUGUUCAUCUUUGAGGAAAGGGGCAUUAAGCUACGUUGGCCGUUCCUUGCGAAAAGCCAUGUGCCUCAACGAGUGGUGUUGAAGUCCAAGUACUCUUUCCAAUGUAUAUUUUGUGUUUAUCUUGGCCAUAGGGAUGCUUCUAUUGUUUACAAUGGAAUGGAGCUUUAUCUCGACCACAUCAGCAAAGAGCAUCGGGGCAAACCUUUUAGCGAUGUUAUCCAAUACAAAACACGAUGCAUUGGCAACCGGGUUGCUGACGACAAGGAACUGUUUGAUAUUAAUAUCUGGCCACGGGCUGACCAUGAGGCUMAGGAUAACAUCAAGUGGCUUUCCAAUGAUCUGCUGGAGGACCCAAAAACUAUCCCUACUCUGGUCCAGGCCAUAUCACCUUCAACUCGUGACCCAAAGGGAGAAGUGUCCACGCCGCCGGCGAUUCAAAGCAAUGGUCAUGCUCCAUCCACUGAAUCCGAGCGUCGAUUUGGUUCAAGAUCGACACAGGCUGAGAUCAGGUCCAAGACCAAAGAGAUACCGGGAAUUUCAAAUAUGAACACUUGCGCAACCGAACAAACAAGUCCAUGUGACAUCUUAAGCUUACCGUUCGAACGUCUGGCUCUGCAAUCACCACUAUCACUAUCACGGAUUUGUUUUUCACCAUAUGACCGGCCAUCUUCAAUCAGGGAGACGCAAGUCCAUCCUGGGAUAGGGGAAACAGCAGUGUCUGGCGAGACACGAAACGGCAUCAUCGGCUGCCUCGACUCCAUCGUACGGCUUUUUCGAGAUGCGGGUUCAAUGAUUGACGCAAUCAAAGACGAUACAGCCCUCUCUCACGCCCCAAUUAUGCUCUUGCUCGCCGAAUCUGUCAAAGAGGCGCCUUCGGAGAUCGAAAAGGAAAAGAAUCGCGCGACUCUACGCUUUGGAGAGGCCUUUCAAUACGGAGAUUUCACGGCAAUACGUUCUCUCGAGCAAGUGGUGUCUCAUUUGCGUAGCGACUUCUUGGAUCUUCUAAAUGAAGCGCUUCUCGAGCAUAAACCUGUGGAUUUCGCGCAGCUCGUUGAUGCUGCCGACUCAUUACGCCACAAAACAUUCGUCAUUCUUCACGAUCUAAAGCAAAGACUUGUGCAAUCGGGUUACGGAAGCUAUCGUCCACCGGGACCGCGAGCUCACCCUGCACAUCAGGCACUCCCAAGUUCGGGAUCUUCUACUUAUACUCCACCGACCAAGUUCUUUGGCAUUCCCCUACAGGAGCAAAGGUGCUAUAUGCUUGCCAGUGGUCGUGGGGUACAUGUGGAAGACGAGAGCACCUUUUCCGUGUCCUCUGCGACAUCUGAACAUACUUCAGUCCACGUUCGUUUCCGUCAAGAAGAUAUCACUGCUAAGACAGCACGUCGACGGGGUUCUAUCAUGGGCUUUCUGAAGCAUGGCAGUAUGAAGAGCAGUCAUAGUCUUCUUGUCGACUCAAAACGGAGAAGUGACGAGCUCGCUGGGGGGAAGACAAAAUAUGAUUCCACGAGGUCAUCUUUCGAACCACAGAUGCAAAGCAAUGGGCAGCAAWACAUCAGGCUGGAUAAAUCGGUGAUUUGA